UGCGAUCGGUCGUUUACACCAUGGAGGAGUUUCUCGGGAAACAAUAUGUUAUGGUGUCGCAAGAAAAUUUCGAUGAUUAUCUCGUGUUUAUGGGUGUUGGUUACAUAUCCCGGAAGGCCGCAAUAAGUUUGAGGCCAACACACUGUCUGACUCGCAACGACGAUGGGACAUAUACGUUUGCAUUAAAAUCCAAAUUGGCAAACUCUUCGUGCACUUUUACACCUGGUGAGAAAUUCCAGGAGACGAAAGCAGAUGGUGUGAAGGUUGAGGCGCUUAUAACGUUCGAAGGGAACAUAAUGACACACAAACAAAUUGAAACAAACGAAAGAACGUCAACACAUAUCCGAGAAUUUCAUCCAGAUAAACUUAGUGUGACUACAACGGCUGUCGGUUUCGAGAAAACUGUAACAAGAGUUUUUCAAUUGGUGCAAUAGAUCAUUCAUGAGGGAGUAAAGAACUCUAUUUUAAGAGGAAAGAUGCAUAUUGAUGGAAAUUUUAAAAUUGAUUUUUCUCAAGCCUUUUUAGCACGAAGUGAUUAAUAUGCAUUGCUAAUUCUUAGUUAAUAACGAUACCUGCUUUAUUAGGUAUCGGUUUUAUUUUCGA